AUGCCAAAGCCAAAUUCCACUUCUGUGACUGAGUUUCUCUUUGAAGGUUUCUCCAUGUUUGGGUGGCAGCACAGGCUUGUCUUCUUUUUUGUCUUUCUAAUUUUGUACCUGCUGACUCUCUCCAGCAAUGUCAUCCUUGUGGCUAUUAUUCACCUGGAUCGUCGCCUCCAUACUCCCAUGUACUUUUUCCUGAGCGUGCUGUCCAUCUCUGAGACCUGCUACACUGUGGCCAUCAUUCCCCGUAUGCUUUGUGGCCUCAUGAGUCCUUACCAGCCCAUCGCUAUCCAAGACUGUGCCACUCAGCUCUUCUAUCUCAUCUUUGCUAUCAACAACUGCUUCCUGCCCACAGCCAUGGGAUAUCAUUGUUAUGUGGCCAUCUGCAACCCCCUGCAGUAUUCAGUCAUCAUGGGUAAAGAGGCUUGCAUCCAGCUGGCAUCUGGGUCUGGGAUUGGCCUGGGCAUGGCCAUUGUCCUGGUAACACCUGUGUUUGGCCUCCCUUUCUGUGAUGCAUUUGUCAUCUCUCACUUCUUCUGUGAUGUGAGACCUCUGCUGAAGCUGGCCUGCACAGACACCACUGUCAAUGAGAUUACCAACUUUAUUGUCAGUGUAUGUGUCCUUGUUCUACCCAUGGGCCUGGUCUUUAUCUCCUAUGUCCUCAUCAUCUCCACCAUCCUUAAGAUUGCUUCAGCUGAAGGUUGGAAGAAGGCCUUUGCCACCUGUGCAUCCUCCUUCACAGUGGUCAUCAUCCACUAUGGCUGUGCAUCUAUCAUCUACCUCAAGCCUAAGUCCCAGAGUUCCCUGGUGCAGGACAGACUCAUCUCAGUGACCUACACUGUCAUCACUCCCCUGCUGAAUCCUGUCGUGUACAGCCCGAGGAAGAAGGAGGUCAAAGAUGCUCUGUGCAGAGCCAUGGGGUGA